AUCCAUCUGAGGACCGUAUUUUCCUGUCUGCUCCUAGGACCACCCAGCCUUCUGGGCCCUCCCCCCAUGGCCAAUGGAAAGCCUGGUGACCCUAGGUCAGCUUUUUACCGAGGUCCUCUAGGACCGAGGGGACUGAUGAUCCCACCACUGCUGAGUCUCCCACCUCCUCCCCGAGGAAGAGGUCCACUUCGGGGAGACCCCGGGCCCAGGUCUGGCCUAUAUGGUUGUGGUUGGUGGGGAAUCAAUGCAGAACUUCCUUUUCCGGGCCCUGGCUAUGGGAGCCCCUCCAGGGGAAGUUUUCACAAAGAGCAGCGAAACCCUCGAAGGCUCAAAAGCUGGUCUCUUAUCAGGAAUACCUGCCCUCCCAAGGACGGCCCCCAGGUCAUGGAAGACAAACCUGCCCGCCCCUUCUGCCGACACUUCGCCAAAAAGGGCCACUGUCGCUAUGAGGACCUCUGUGCCUUCUACCACCCGGGCGUCAACGGACCCCCUCUGUGAGCCUGUGCCUUCCUGUCCGCUGGAAGGAGCGCUCUGACCUCGUGGCCACGGACCCCUCCGCCUGUGGUAGCCACUGUGAGUGACAUACUCAGCCUCGGCUGCCGCCACCCCACUUGGAGUGCAGAGCUGUCCCUCACUGCUGCAGCGCGCACACUCUGAUCCGGACUCCGGAGACUCCUUUGGGACCCACCUUGGCGCCCUCCAACCCCUCCUGGAUCUCCACUCCCUCACCAGGUGGCGCUACCAGGGGGCCUCUUUGGUGCUGUUUCUUGUGCAUCCGUUCGCCCACCCCGGUAUCGCCCGCCAUUCCUGAGAGCCCUGGAGCCGUUGCCUACCGUUCCCUCAGAGCUACUGAAGUCCUUUUUGUGUGACACUCCCUACCCUGGGUGUUGUCAGCCGCUCGUGAGACUCGCCAGGGUGUCUGAGCUGGGUCAGGUGUGGGUGAUCUGGAAUUACCUCCUGAGAGGCCGCUCUCCCUGGCAGCAUGAUCCCACGGCUGUGGUCUGCGUCACUGUGCUUUGUGGACUGCAACCCCUCGUAGCCUUCCUCGGUGUCGUGGCAUUGUUGUGACUUCCAGCACUGGCGUAAGCUUUCCUGCCAAAACAAGGGAGGCUCGGUGCCCUCUGGACUUCCCCGCC